AGAAACAUGAAACUUGACUACGUGCUCAAGCAAGUUUUACUUCUCCCUCGUGCAGGGGUGUCUGCCAGCAGCCUGCACUCUCAGAAAUCAGACUCAAGUGACUAGGACUCUUGAGAUCAAAGGCUUACCAUGCUACUCCCCAGGACAGCCAGGCAUUGCUGACGUGACCACUGGACAGUGAUCUGUGGUUCGGAUAGUUACCAAAAAGAAUGGAUAAGCUUAAUAAAAUAACUGUCCCCGCCAGUCAGAAGUUGAGGCAGCUUCAAAAAAUGGUCCAUGAUAUCAAGAACAAUGAAGGUGGAAUAAUGAACAAGAUCAAAAAGCUGAAAGUCAAAGCACCUCCAAGUGUUCCGCGAAGGGACUAUGCCUCAGAGAGGCCAGCUGACGAAGAGGAGCAGUGGUCAGAUGACUUUGACAGCGAUUAUGAAAACCCAGAUGAGCACUCCGACUCGGAAAUGUAUGUGCUGCCGGCCGAGGAGGCUGGGGACGACAGCUACGAGCCACCACCCGCCGAGCAGGAGACUCGGACAGUUCACCGGGCCCUGCCCUUCACCAGGGACGAGUACGUAGACAAUCGAUCAAGCCAGAGGCAGUGUCCGCCCUUCAGCAAGACCCUUCCCAGUAAACCCAACUGGCCGUCGGCAAAGGCAAGGCAGGCCACCACUCUGCCAGCCCCGACUUCUCUGCAUAAACCUCAAGUGCCACCCAGACCCAAAGAGCUCCUUGAGGAUGAGGCUGAUUAUGUGGUCCCUGUGGAAGAUGAAGAUGAAAACUAUAUUCAUCCCACAGAAGACAGUUCACUCCCAUCUGAAAAAGCUCCCAUGGUGAAUAGAUCAAACAAGCCAAAUAACUCCUCAAAGCCAGCCUCACCUCCAGGGACAGCUUCAGGUCGAAAGAGCGGGGCCUGGGACUCUAAGUCAACCUCUUCACCUGCUGCGCCAUCCCCACUGCCCCGGGCUGGGAGAAAAACAGCUACACCACUGAAGAUGACUCCAGUUGUCUCUCAACAGAAUGACUCAAGUGUUUGUGAAGAAAAACCUAUACCUGCUGAACGCCACCGAGGGUCUAGUCACAGACAAGAAAAUAUGCAGUCACAAGUUUUUCCUCCUCCUGCCCAGAAACCAAUUCAUCAAAAACCCAUACCUCUGCCAAGAUUUCCAGAAGGGGGAAGCCCAACUGUGGAUGGCCCAUUACCCAGCUUUUCAUCUAAUUCCAAUUUGUCAGAACAGGAAGCUGACGUUCACUGUAAACCAUGGUACGCUGGUGCCUGCGAUCGAAAGUCGGCCGAAGAGGCAUUACACAGAUCAAAUAAGGAUGGAUCAUUUCUUAUUCGGAAAAGCUCUGGCCAUGAUUCCAAACAGCCUUAUACACUAGUUGUAUUUUUUAAUAAGCGAGUAUAUAAUAUCCCUGUGCGAUUUAUUGAAGCAACAAAACAGUAUGCUUUGGGCAGAAAGAAAGCUGGUGAAGAGUACUUUGGAAGUGUUGCUGAAAUCAUCAAGAAUCAUCAACACAGUCCCCUGGUUCUUAUUGACAGUCAGAAUAACACAAAAGAUUCCACAAGACUGAAAUAUGCAGUUAAAGUUUCAUAAAUUAAAAAAAAAUUUUUUAAGGAAGUCAACAUCAUUGCUUCAGACAUUUAACCUACUUCUACUUUUGAGGAAAAAGUCCAAAUACUUCAUAUUUUGGAUUAUGAAUCAUCCAGUAAUAAAAUAGCAGAUGAGGAAGCUGUUGAGGUGGUUGUCGAUUUCCUUAUAAGAAGCUCACAUGGACAUGUUUUGUUGCCUGACUUGAUGAACUGUUAAUAUCUGGUGAGGCUGAGAAUAUGCUACUAAUAUUCUCCAAAUAAAUGUCUUUAUUUAAAAAAA